GAGAGAGAGAGUUAGCUUUAAAAUGGCGUCAACGUAGAUAUCAAUUGCAUGGUGACGCUACAGUAUUUUCAAUUCAUUGCGAAGUGUCAACAAUUUGCCCACUGAUCCAGAUCACCAUGGAACGGUUGGGUUUAUUCGUGUUCGUCGCGCUGUCAUUGAUGUGUAUUUCAACAGUGGAAUGUAGCGACAUGGACAUUGGCCGAAUGAUACAAUGGGUCGAUGCUAAGGUAGGCUGGCUCAUCAGUGCUCGCAAGUUCCAGAACUAUGGAUGCUACUGCAGUAAGAACGGUCCUACUGAUGGAAUCGUGCCGGUGGAUCAGAUUGAUAAAUGCUGUAUGAGACAUAACCAGUGUUAUGACGGACUUGUUCGUGAAGGUGUUUGUGCUGGUGAUACCUUUGGUCAGAGUUAUGGCUACAAGAAGAUUACAGAGAAUGGGGCAAAGACCAUGACAUGCACUUCUGAUCCUCAUACGGAGACGUGUAAAUACGAGCUGUGUAAAUGUGAUGCUACGGUGGCACAUUGCUUUGCUGAUAAUGAACCACAUUAUAAUUCCAAGCAUAAGGGUGUGGGUAAAUCAUCAUGCCAGCAUGCUGGAAAGUGAAAACCUAUUCAACUAUUAUGCUGACUUGGCUUUAGGCCAAAAAAA